GCUGUCGCAAACGUCGCCCACAUCUACCCGAGGCUUAUGACGAGAACGAGCAAUUAUGAGACAAGCUAUAAACCUUCCGCCCCAAGACAUCUGCUCACAACCCCAGUAAAAGCCCAAGGGAUUCGACUUGGACAUGAAACUUGACCAGCGAGGCGACAUCGCAAUCGCAGAGAUUGUCUUUUAUGUGCCCAUCCUAACCCUAUCCAUCGUUCUCUCAGUACGACAUGGCGCCACACGGAAAGCUGGUUGGAUCCUCUUCGCAGUGUUGUCAAUAGCACGGAUCAUCGGAGGCAUCACACAUGUACUCUCUGAACAAAACCCGAGCAACGUCACGCUUCAAGUCAUCUACACCAUAGUUGAGUCAGCUGGCCUGUCGCCACUGCUCCUGGCAACUCUGGGAUUCCUGAGCACGGUGGCGCAGUAUUCUCUCGACAACACGCCAUUCAUGGGCGUCCGCACAUUCCGCAUCCUACACCUUCUCGGCACGGCUGCGGUCAUUCUCGCCGUCAUUGGCGGAGUCAAUAUGAGCAAUGCGAAGAACGAACAUGAUCUUGACUCCGCCGCCACGCUCCGCCACAUAGGCGCUAUCCUCUUCGUCGUCCUCUACGCCUUCAUCGUCGCUGUCACGGCCUUCUGCUGGCUGAACCGCGAGCAAGUUCUGAAGUACAGACGCAAACUUCUCUUCACGAUCAUUGCAUCCCUACCCUUCCUCCUCGUCCGCGUCGCUUACUCCAUCCUCGGGGCGUUUGCGCCGUCUUCGUUCGGCUUCGACACCGAGGGCCACCUUAUCCCCGUCCAGUCAAACUCGGCACUCAGACACUUCUCGUCUUCGACCGGCGAUUGGGCGAUUUAUCUCGUUAUGUCCGUCCUCAUGGAGUGCAUUGUCGUGCUUAUCUACACCUCUGCCGGUCUUCGCUUGCCUCUGAAGCAGGACCUCGUAGACUAUCAGAGGGCGGAAACGCAUAUCCCCAUGAUGUCUCAAGAAGACGACUCGUACAAGUACGCACAGCCUUACUCGUACACACAACCUUACUCGCAGGAUCCUACACAGAGGGUAUAG